GCCUUCCUAUCUGGCAUAAUAACUACAGGCCUUUUAGUCUUUCAGUAUUUGGCUCCAAAGAGAUCCAGAGGGGGGUUUUCGCAAGCCACAGUCGAGAGUUUCAUAAACCCUGUCGCCAUUAUCGUUCUUCGGAAGAACAACGAACGAUGGUUUUAUCUAACAAGAAGCUUAAACAAAAUCUGAGAUGUGCUCUUGCUGAAUCUUUAGCAGCAACAGAAGCUGCAGACAAGUCAAAUGAAUCUACGCAACAAGAUGUAAAAUCGCAAAGUCAGUCUCUGAAAGAGUUGUUGAGUUCCGCGACGCAUAAGCCCAGAUUUUCCAAGAGAGAGAAGAAACGAAAAAAUACACCUUUAAAGGUUCUUGAAGGAAGCAACGGUGAUUCCCAAAACGGGAGCAAGGAUACUGUUGCCGAGGAUUUGAACGAGAAGAAGAAUAAGAAGAAGAGGAAGAGAGAAGAUAAGAGAAAUCAGAAGAGUGAAAAUGGAGUAUCAGAAUUGACGGAGAAGAAGCCCACGAAGAAGUCAAAGAAGAAGGCUAAGAAGAAAAAGAAGAACAAGGGCGUUAAGCCUGGAAGUGGAGAGGUUAAAGAAGUGUUAGAACAAGGGUCAGCGAAGCUCAAUGAGAGUCAAGUUAGUGGAGAUGUCGCUACGAAGGUUUAUGUGGGAGGCAUACCAUACUACUCCACCGAGGAUGACAUUAGGAGCUUCUUUGAGAGCUGUGGCACCAUAACUGAAAUUGAUUGUUUGAGUUUCCCUGAGACUGGAAAGUUCAGGGGGAUUGCCAUGAUCACCUUCAAG